UAUAAUGAAAAAUAAAAGUUAUACUAUAAUAAAAAACAUUGUGCAUUUUGCUACCCUUCUUGCAACCCUGCGUGAUAAGAAUAAAAAUCAAUAUUUGUAAUCUGUUGAGUUGUUCUCUUUACAACUAACUUAUAGUCACUGCACUUAAACUGAUUUUGAUUCAGUUUCAAGAAUAAAUGUUUUUUAAAAAACUACAAUAAUUACCUAAAUUGUUUUUAAUUAAUUUUAUGAGCUUUUAACAUUAUGGCCUCUUUUGGUUUUGGUCUUAGCGAAAUAAUUAAUAUACCAUCAGUUUUUAAUGAUAAUAGCACCAAUAAUACAUCAUUUACUGAGCAUGCAGUUUGGUGUAUUGAUUGGCGACCAUCACAACAUUGGAUGUUUCAGAUAGCUAAUGUUCUAUUCUUUGUAUCAUAUUCAGUGCCAACUAGCUAUUAUGGUAUAUUGUUUAUGCACUCAACAUUAAUUGCAGGUUUUCUUAUACUCAUUACUUGGGCGUGGAGAGUAGUGUGUGCACCUGAUUUGUUCACUUGGAAUUUAUGUUUUCUUUUUAUUAAUAUUCUGCAACUUAUUUAUCUUAUUUACCAAAGAAGACCAAUUAAUUUUAAUCCAGAACUUGAACAAAUUUAUCGUAAUAUGUUUAAGCCUUUCAAGAUUACUAGAAUUCAAUUCAAGAAAUUGGUGAGUGAACAAUUUGCUCAGAUUGUUACAUUACACAUAGGUGAGGCUUAUGCUAUGCAAAAUAUUACAAAAACUGAUCGACUAGGACUACUUUUGUCUGGAAAAGCAAAUGUUCUCCAAGAUCAUCAACUUUUACAUCCUAUAGGACCAUGUGAGUUUUUAGAUUCUCCUGAAUUUGAAAGUAGAGGCUCUUCUGAAGACAAAUUUAAGGUUUCUGUAAUUGCUGCGACAACAUGUCGAUAUAUAUACUGGCAAAGAUCAGCAUUAGAAUAUUUGUUUGUUAAAGAAACAUACUUAGCCACUGUAUUAGCUACUCUAAUUGCAAAAGAUAUAACCAUUAAACUUUAUUCUAUGAAUAAUAAAAUUAUGACAGAUAAAGGAUCUCAUUUAGAUAUCAGGUUACCAAGUAUUACUCCAGCUUUAGCGUCAAAAGAAUGUAAGCCACCAAUUGUGAAAACAUUAAAAAAGCUAGCAGUGAUCUCAUCGCAUUGUCCUAAAUCACCUAUACCAGCUGCUGGUGCAAGGUGUUAAAGCAACUUGGUUGGCUGCUUACUAGUGUGAAAUACCUAUCUAAAAGUAAAACAAUAUUUUAUUAGUUGAUCAGUAUUUUUUAAAUUGAAAUUCUUAGUGUGUGAACCUAACAUAAGUUGUUUUAAUUUAACCUACCUAUAUUGAUUCCUGCAAGUGUAUGUGGUGUGUUUAUUGAGUACAUAUUUUGCAAUUUUAACAAAUUGUAAACUUUUGUGUUACUUUGUGUUUUGCAUGUAUAUAUGUGUUUUGCACUCAUCUAUCCAUAUUUUUAAUUUAUACAAUGUUUAUGUUUUUACAUAUUGUGUUUUGAAUUGUAUAAGUAUAGUAAAUUGCUGAUCAAACUGUUCAGGUUGGAGAUGAUUUUAUCAUCGACUGGUUCAUUUUAUAAUUAAUCAUCAUUAUACAUAAUUUUAUAGUGUCCCAAUGAGGAUUUAAAUAUUUAUACAUGAAAUCUAUGUAGGUAUAUAC